AUGGCUGACAAGACCAAAGUAACUGAACAGUAUUACGCCCCACCGCCGGACCUAGGGAAAUGGGAGUCGUUCAGGAUCUUUUUGUGGAACUCGGAGACGGGCCAGUUUCUGGGGCGCACGGGAUCCAGCUGGGCCAAAAUCCUUCUGUUCUACCUGAUCUUCUACGCCGUUCUGGUCGGCUUCUUCGCGGCUCUGCUGGCUAUCUUCUACCAGACCCUGGACGCAAAGAUCCCGAAAUGGCAGCUUGAAGGCUCGCUCAUUGGCAAUAACCCAGGUCUCGGUUUCCGCCCCAUGCCGGACUCUGCCAACGUGGAGAGCACCCUGAUCUACUACAAGGCCAACGACAAGGGCUCCGUUCUCAAGUGGGCCAAGGUCAUCGAUGAAUUCCUCAGUGAAUACCGCAAGAAGGGCAGCGGCAGCGGCGAGGCGGUUGGCGCUGAGAACCGAGUGCCCUGCUCCCCUACAUCAGCCAACCUUGGAGAGAAGCAGGUCUGCGAUGUGCCCGUGGACGACUUCCACCCAUGCACCCCAGCCAACCAGUACAACUACGAAGAAGCUGGACCUUGCGUCUUCCUGAAACUGAACAAGAUCUUCAACUGGGUACCCAAGCCCUACAACAACACGGAGGAGCUGCCACGCAACAUGCCGGAGGAUCUUAAAGCCCACAUCAAGAUGCACUCCGGGAAACCAGAAGCCAACACUGUAUGGGUAUCCUGUGAGGGUGAAAACCCAGCUGACGUGGAGAACAUCGGGCCUGUGCAGUACAUUCCUCGCAGGGGCUUCCCCGCCUACUACUACCCCUUCACCAACAAGGAAGGGUACCUGAGUCCCCUCGUUGCUGUGCUGUUUGAGAAGCCCAGAACGGGUGUUCUGAUCAACAUCGAGUGCAAAGCGUGGGCGAAGAACAUCAUGUACGACCGUUACGAGAGGCGCGGUUCAGUCCACUUCGAGCUGAUGGUGGACCGAUACUAAGCUGAUCCAGCGCUGGCCACAGUUGGCCACAAACUGUGGCCAAAUGUUUGCCCACACGCGGCCGGGCGCAGUCGUUCAGUGAUGGAACAGAUGUCCUUAAUUGUUUUAUUCAGACUUUAUUGAUACCUAUUAACUCAAUUUAGAGAUUUAAGCGUUUUAGAGAUAGAUGUUAGGGCAAUAGUCUCGAAUAUUACAUAUUGGCGUUUUAAAGAUCAUGAAUUUUAAUGAAAUGGAAGGACAAGGAAGGAAGAAGAAGUACGUCGCGGUAUCACACAAGUUAUGGGCAACAGAGUAAGAAAAGAUAGUUAAUAUGAGCCCAAGGUGGAUUUUAGGAAUCAUUUAAAGGGAUUCUACGUAUUUAACAAUUUGAAGUCAUAAAUAUUAUAUUGAAGACCAUGACAUGAGUAGGAGGCUGAGGAUAGAAAUAUGAGAAAAUAUGGUGAGGUCAAGCAGUGAGACUAAGAAUGAGUCUGUUUCAACACUUAGGCUAAAAGUGCCCAACGGCUGCGCCCGGCGCAGUCGGUAGGACGCAUAGCCAAUGUUUGCGCCAACUCGCGCCGCGCCAAGCGCCCGGCUGCAAUUUUAGCAAUAGCCACAUAGUCGGCGGUUUAUUUCUAUUCGUUUUAGAAUAUGCCAGAGGGCGCCACUAAGUUAAGUUACGUUUUCACGCUUCAA